AUGAUUCAUAUAGACUCGAAAGAAUCACCGUUACAUCAAGGUGAUCAUCUAACACCAGACGAUAGGCUUCAAAGACUCUUCGAACAAUCCAAAGCUAAAGCACGUUACAUGGAGUCGCAAAUACUACUCGAGAGCAAUGCAACACGCUCCGUGAAUCCUGAUGUUGUACGUUUUCCCGUGGUUUAUGAUUUAAGGUCGUUUUAUGUUGCAAUGGUUGGUUUAGGUAGUGAUCAAACAUGGCUUCAGUGUGAAGGUGCCUCUAAAACUUUCAAACAAGAUAUGCCACUUUAUCCUGCCAGAUCGUCAACUACAUUUCGUAUUGUUCCUUGUAAAACGCAUCCUCUUUGCACCGGAGAUAGGUGCGCUCUUGAUGGUGAUUGCACUUACAAAUUGGCCUAUGGGGGUGGAUCAGUUACAUAUGGUGUUAUUGCCGAAGAAAAAUUCACUCUAGGCUCCGAUGCAGAUGGGACAAUUGGACACGGAGGCCAAGAAAUACGCACAACUCCCUUUCUUGUGCCUAAGCUAUUUAAGACUUCGCUCUAUUACUUAAAUCUGGAAGAUAUCAGUAUAGGUAAGACGAGAAUAGUAUUUCCAAGAGGUACUUUCGAGCUUACCAGCCGAGGAACAGGCAGUUGUAUCAUAGAUUCCGGUACUCCACUAUCCAUGAUGUACAGAGGUCAUUUUGAUGAAGUCGAAAAUUUGGUGAAGGCACAUUUUGACGAACUGGGAGUUGAAUAUAUUGGCAAAAUACACAGUUAUGAAGUUUGUUUCCGUCUACCGGGAAAAUUUGAUACUGCUAACUUUCCUUGGAUAACACUUCAUUUUCAAAGGGCCGAUUAUGUUAUUUCAGAUUAUAGAGCAAAUUUUGUGAUGCGAGAUUUUGAAACUGCUUGUUUAGCCAUUUUCCCUAAGGAUACCGAUACCGGGCCUUUUAUUUUAGGAGCUUAUCAACAAGUAAAUAAACGAAUUUUGCAUAAUAUUAUAGAUCAGUCACUCUCUUUCGCUGACGAGUAUUGCGAAUUAGGUUCCUGA